UCGUCCUCCAUUUUCUAGAGGGACUAUAAGUGAUACCAUGUCCCCCCAUGACUUGUGAUGUACUCCAUAUUCAGAAUGGAAGGAACGGGUGACUAGCUAAUCACUUCAUAUAGUGUUGAAAUUAUCGCUUCCAUAUCGAAACUGAAACUGAACUACCCCGCUAGUUUUGACCUUAUCCAUCGUUCUCGCUCACUUUUUGAAGAUGCUUAGUGAUCGUCUUUUAAAUCUGGAUGGAUGACUUGACCAAUGAGGAGCUUCAAAAAUGGUUAAAGUUUCCGAACCAACUUGAUCCUGAGAUUUGCAAACCGUACUCUAUAUAUCGUGGCCUUUUCUAUAGUGAAAACAUAUGUAAUUUUGUCAUGAAUUUGUGCAGACAGUUAAACGCCCCUGACGAAGUCGCUUUCAAAACCAUUGAGAUGUUUGACAGAUUUUUACUCUUGCAUUUUACAGAUACGUCGUUCGAAGAGUGGAUAACUAAUUUCGAUCAGCCUUCCAUACCAAUGAAGAGAAAAAUAUUACUUUUCCUUAUCACUGUUCUGCAAGUGGUCACAAAGUUAUCCUAUAGACACAAAAUUCUCAAAACAGCGGAUGCAGAGAGAGUCAUGCUCAAAUUAGGCCAUCCAUUUUCCAAAAGUGAAAUCGUAAUUGCUGAGUUGUGUAUACUUGACACUUUGCAAGACUCUCUUUUGUACAGAACUCUGGAGGAAUAUGUAGAGUUUCUUGCAGUUUUUUUUAUUAACAAGGAUAAGGAUGUACUUUUUUCACUGAAAAAUGAGGUGAUGUUUUAUGUCUACGGUAAAUACACUUAUCUGAACGCAGAGCUGAAGAAACAUCAACUUCUUUCUAGUUCAUCUACCGAUACACUUAUUCUUCUUAGCUCAGCAGUAUUGUUUUCAUGUUUAAUAUUAAAUAAUCAUGGUAACAAAAUCAAGUUUCUACUUUCAGGCGUCAAAUCACUGGGGUUUGUGAACGAACAAGAUAUCCUGAAAGCAACGUUUAUUCUGUUAGGAUCAAUAUAGGCUUUCACUGAUCAUCUUUCAUUCCCAGGUAUUAAGCCUAGACCUAUCAUUCAUGGUGCUUCCAAACCCCACCUUUACGGUCUAAAACUUCUUUCCAGUAUCAUCCACCUAUUUUUAAAACCAAUUUUACCAGUUGUUUUCGUGUGCUUGGUAGUUCAUGAUUGAUCAUUAUCUGGAACUAACCGUUUUCCAAUACUAAGUGUUGAUUUUUGUUCGUAUGUCCAUCAGUCUCCACCUUUAAAAAAGUUUGAAUGUAAACUAAGCUCUUCUUGCCUUUGAAAAGAACAUAGUUAUUUCAGUGAAGUACUUUUGAACAUAAAAUGUAUUGUGUAUAUAAUUAUAAUUAUGAACUCGGUCAUUUAACCUUUUCCUUUUUUUUUUCUUUAGACCAUUUUUAUUUGCUGCUUGUGAUGCUUCAAUAAAUGCAAAAACUUCAUGUAACUUUUAUAAUAAAUUAGUUGGUUCAUA